GACAUUUCGCAAAUCAUUAAUUUUUUCCUUCGUCUCGUUUUCAAUUCCAAUUUUGUUUUUACAGAAAAUAAUCAAAGAAAAUGGGUUUUAAAUUAAUAAAUAAAAUGCUCCUUUUGGGUGGAUUUGCAUCCUUAGCCCAUGCAGCGUUCUCUGCAGCCCAUCAUCGAACUUAUCUUCGUGUCACUGAACAGGACUGGAAUCAGUUGCCUCUCGAUAUAAUUCUUCAAACAGCAGUUAGUUUAAUUGUUAUAAUUUACAAUAUCAUUCAAAUUGUGGCUGACUUCAAAGAAAUUCGUGCCGCUGUGGACUUGCAAGGAAAGUCUUGGGAAACUUUGGGUAAUUUGCCGUCUUUCUAUUCGUUUAAUCAUCGCGGCAAAGCAUUACAUCCUUCCUAUGAACCACCGAUGGGAGGACGAAACGAUUUAAUGAUGAAUGAUUAAUAAGCGGUGUUAUUUUGUUUUAAAAUCAUAGAAUAUUAUAGAAUAUUUAGUUUAAUUUUUGUAAACUUGAUGGAA